AGCACUGAGAGAGAGAGCACAGGACCAACACUGCUCAUUUUGAGACUUUCUACAAGUUUGUGAAGUUGCUGUUUUUGGACAUUGGAGAAGACACGAAGCACAACGCUGCACCGCAGACAGAGAGGUUUUUUUUUCUGCGAGCUGACACACAAACUUCCCAACAUCUGGUCUGCUGCUGGAGGACGGGGCGAGCCGCAGAGAGAAACUUUUUGGAGGCGGAGAGAAAAAACUAUCACCGCUGGAGAAAAAUGCACUGAACUGGGGGGAAUCUGGAACACCUCCAUGAACCGAGGAGUGUUUUGGUGCCCGCGUAAAGUGACAAGAGUGGAGGGGGAAGGUGAAGAAAGUCCGAGUGGAGAGGUCAGAGAAUGAAUUAGGCUGAGAUCGGCUGCUCACUGUCCCAGCCAGAGAGAAGGCUCACUCCUUGGCCCCUCCACCUCCUCCCAUAAGAGCCAGGCCAACGUCCAUGGAUGAGGAGCGGAGCGCCCCCGCCAUCUCCCCAGAGCCGCCUGAUGAUGGGGACCCCGGUCGACCAGCUCCGCUACAAGGUUCAAACCCAACCUGCAACACAGAGAGGGCGAACAGCUGCCCAGAGCCAAAACCCUUUCAUAGUGAAGAUGUGGCCCUCACUUAUACUGAGCCCCUCAUAUUGAGGUUAAAUGGCACCCCAGAACGGUUGCUAGGCAAUGACGGAGACAACCGUAAGAGCAGCCUCUCACACUCGGAGCUUUCAACACCCAGCAAGAGUAUCACAUCUCAACCAGCAGCCAGAUCCACGCCCAUCCAGCCAUGUCGGACGCAGCCCGGCAGCCAUCUACGAAACGGGACCAAGCAGCACUCACACGCCCACCCCCCUCACACGCACUGUCCGCAUCACACGCCGCACACGCACGGACUCCAGUCCAACGGGGUCAGGAGCCAUCAUGAGCAUCCUAAGCUGGGCUCACUCCCAAGAGGCGGCUCAUCCACCUCCUCCUCCUCUUCAGCGGGACCCAAACACACCAAGAAAUUGCAGUCCAACCCAUCCAUCACCUCCCAGAGCAGCAGGAGGAGCAAGAGCAGCUCCAAGAGCAACAGCUCCCAGAUUCCCACAGAGGCACAGGAUGACUGCUGUGUUCACUGCAUCCUGGCCUGCCUCUUCUGUGAGUUCCUAACUCUGUGCAACAUCGUGCUGGACUGUGCCACCUGCGGCUCCUGUGCUGGUGACGACGCGUGUUUCUGCUGUUGCUGCGCGUCAGAGGAGUGUGGCGACUGCGACCUGCCCUGUGACAUGGACUGUGGCAUUAUUGAUGCCUGCUGUGAGUCUGCAGACUGCCUGGAGAUCUGUAUGGAGUGCUGCAGCCUUUGCUUCUCCUCCUGAGGACCCAGCCGCCAGCACAGGGGGCGAAGUAGAUUCACUCCCACAAGCCCAGAGACAGUUUCGACCUGCGUCUUACCAAUGCUGAGAAGCUUUACACCCACCCGCGUCAUUGUUGCCUGGGAUCUGUGGCUCACACUAUUGGCUGGCCUAGUUGGCUCCACAAUACAUCCAAUACUUCUUACAGGGGUUACCAAGUAAAAUGCUGACAGCAGUCAAUGGCGAACUCUUCCUUCCUUUAUUGAUCAAACGAUGGGACAGUAGCUUCCCCCGCUUUGUCUUUUGUGGUUCGUCCAUUUCUGCACAGCUGGGUGUAUGUGCAGAGUGAGUUCCAGCUGUGGUCCAUGUGAGGAUGCCAGGCUGUGCAGCCUCUGGACCCUCACUGAACAAGCUAUUAUUACAUUGGAGCCCCUUGUGCCAUCUGAAUGACUGGAGUUCUCUAAGCAUGAAAAAUGACCUCUAAAUGCAAAUGAGAAAAUGGCUCCAUUUAACUGGAUUUUAAUGUUUCUAUAGAUAAGAGCAGCAGCGUAAUGGGAAAAUGGACGCUCAGAUCUCAGUAGUAAUGCAGUGUGUCCCCCUGUCCUUGGCAAGGUUAAAGUCCCUCUCUUCGAUUGCUUACAGUGGACUCUGCACCACACAGACUAAGUGGCAGACGUGGGAUACGCCGCUGUUUUCAUCAUUGUUGCAAUGUACAAAAUAGAGAAAACAUUAACGGUGGCUUGUGGCAAUAUUACAGACAGAUCUUCUUGUUAAUAUGCAUCUCACUUAAAGGACUUUUUUAGAGAAGAAUCAUGAGAGUGUCAUGCAUCAGCCUGGAGAUGGGUCUCAUCAUUGUUGGUUGAUAGCAUCAUAUUUAUCUGCUCUAACAUGUGAAGGGAGAGAGUUCUUAAUCAAAAGUUUCUCCUCGUUUAAUGUCUCACAUCUUGUUUACUUCUACAUUUUUAUUCUCAGAGGCUAAAACGUGAAUUCCUCCUCGUCUGAUUGGUCAGAACUGGAAAAGGACUGGAAUUGGAAGGCAUCAUCUCCUUUUUUUUUAAUGCAUUUGAUUUUCCUUUGUCAUUCUUGCUAUGUGAACAAAUGGCCUUGGCUUAGCUGAAAGCCUGAAUUCGAUUCCUCCGCCUUUACCAAAUCUUUAUUAAUCCUUGUUUUGUAGAUUUUAGUUAAGAUAUUUGCAUUUCUCCUCUAAUGUGAAAAUCACAUUUCUGUGUUAUCGGGUUUUGCCGGGCUCUCUGGAAAGCAGACGUUGCUCAACAUCUAAUUUAAUUCGUAGAGUAACAAUCUCACAGCAUUAUGCUAAGUUAGAUCCAUAUGCUCGUCGUAUGAAUGGUACACUUUUGAUAACAGGCCCGCACUCUCAUAUGCUCAGACACAUUCCUUCUCCAACCCAAUACCUCUUGAGAUGUCACCUAGAUCUGUUGUGCAUUUUAAAAUGACUUGAUACAAAUCUCUCUCCUCUCUGAUCAAAUACUGAUUGUGCAAUCUUUUUUUUUGCUUGGAAAUACCAAAGAGUUUUCCUCUUACUGGACCUUAGAUUCUAGACUUAUAAUUACUUGUACAUAGAAGGGUUUUUUUCUGUGCUAGUAUGGCUGCGGUUGAUUAAACCCUAUUUUAAGGGCUGAAAUCUAACACUGUUGUUGAUAAUACACUAUGGCUGUAAUUAACCUGAUAACACAGAAGCAGAAUAUGCAAGUUUGGGGAAUUCAGCGAAGGCAUUGAGAAGAUAAUAUGACUCCUUGUGUCUGUUUGUAUCAGAUUGGAUGUGUUUCAUAUUUUGGGACAUGUUGAACUCAACUGAGGUAAAAUCCUGGAAAGCCCUGGAAAACAAUGCAAUACUUUACCAAAUAGAGAGAAGUUUUAUGAAGGGAGAACUGGAUUAUAUACUGUUAUGUAUAGAAAAUAUGACAAUGUCACUUUGUUUGAGAUACAAGAUUUUCAAAGAUAAUCUGAUAACGAUGCUUCAUGGGUCACGUCUUCUGUCACCAGACCAACCUUGUAAAAUAGGACUGUAUUGUGAUAAGGAUCUGGGAAAAGUUAAUCCAUUUGAGUUGGAAACCAAAAUAAAAAUGGCUUCCUAAACAACAGUAGAUAGUCUCCACUGUCAAUCAUGACAUUUCUCUCCAUGUUUCUAAUACCAUAUGAAAAUGAUAUAAACAUUUAGCAUUGACUAAUAAUAAACAUUAACAUACAUCAGUGUGUUAAGAACUAGGCCUAAAUUGACGGAAACCAUCUUUGGAAAAAAUGUUGUUUGGCCCAUGUCCUUUCUUUUAACAUGGAGGGGGCAGGGUUUAUGACAUGCCAGCCACCAGGGGGCAAUCAAGAUGUUUUGGCUUCAUUUUUGGAAAGCUGUCAUGUCAUCCAUCCUUAUACACAGUCAAUGGUUCAAACUGUAGCUAAAGAGACCACAAGCUAAUGAUAGCAUAACUUGCUAUCGUGCAAGUUAGUUGGUUAAAUAAGCAGGAAGAUAUAAAUACAGAUUAUGAUAAUGAUUCCCACUGGCUCAUUUUUACUUCCAAAACAAUAGCUUCACUGUUUUUAACCCAACUCGAUUGACAUGUUGUUUCCUAUCAUUUAUGACUGUGCAUAACCACAACCUCGCUCUAGAGCUCAAGUUUCAGUCUGCUGCAGCUUCUCACUGGACUCAAACGCAGUUCAAAGGCGUAAUUUUGAGACCUUCAGAAAUCCACUUUUCAUAAAUAGGAAGCUCAAAGACAGGAUUAUCUGAGGUCUUAAAUCUUGGCUUCUGUAAUUCUGAAUUGAUUUUAUUAAGAUCAAAUUACUGCUGUAGCUAGAAAAAUGUUGUCAAAAAACCCUACCUGUAAUGGAAAACGUGGCUUUGCAACUCUCUUUUUAUCAGUAGAUCUUUUAAACGUGUCCAGUGAGGUUUUUAUUUUCCAAAAGUAGCUAGUACCAUUUUCUUGAAGAGGUAAAGAAUCUUUGAGACUGUGAAGUGCAGUGAGAAUUUGCAGCAGACUGGCAAGUGUUGAUUCUAAAGAUCAGUUGUGCCAUGCAACGUUAUAUGAAACAGCAUUUUUUAAUAAGGUCUGAUUUGAAAAACAGUGAACCCCUCAUUUGAGUUUAAUAUAAUGAUGCUGGGAAUUUUUUUUUACAAUUUAGCCAUUAAAUAUUUCUUUAUAUUUGCACUGAGAAGAGAAAACCAUGGCAGUCAGGAGGUAUAGAGAAAUACACUUUGGUUGGUCUGGGGAUGGACAACGCCUUCCCCAGAUGAACACUGGUCUUGCACUUAAAUCAUUCUCUGUGUGAUGUGGAGAUUUCAAUUUGAUGUUGUUUGUACCAGACAGGUCAUCAUCUCAUUUCCAGAUAUGUCCCUUGUAUUCAGUCACGCUAUAUGCAUAAAACUGGAAAAGAAAACACAGGUUUACUUUCAGUGAUUUCCAUUCUAAGUAUUAUCAGUAUUUUUCUUAGAAUUACCUUGACCACAGAAGUUUCUAACCAUUGAGGUUUUUUUUAAUCUUACUACCAGAUGAAACUUGGAUAUUGAUUUUAAAGGGCUGGCCACCUCUGCCAGUAAUCUGAAAGUUAUAGCCCAGCUGAAUUGUUACUAGACUGUAGUCCACUAUAAUGUCAUUUUGUUUACACUACCCCAAUGUAAUGUUAAUUUGAAUUGCAGCCCUGGAAGUCACAUUAAAAUCUCUUUGU